AUGAUUCUAAAAGGAAAUGUAAAUGAGGAGAAGGAUUUUAAAAUCAAUAAGUUUGGGAAAUCAAUGGAUAUCAGCAAGGACAAAGAUAAUGUGGGAGCAAGACUCAGUAUGAGAAGUGGAAAAAUGGGAUUUGAGUCGAAGUGUUUGGUUCCUACAAUUUGUUUCAAAACAAACCGUGUUACCUACGAGUGGUUCCUAAUUCAGGUGAUGGCAGCAGCCACACCAACGCUUAAGAAGCUUAACAACUCUGAGGGUGAAGCAGUUCUCUUGGCCAGUGCCCCUGCCACUGGAUUCUAUCCACACCCACCAACACCAGCGGACUGUAGUGUUAACAGCCAUGUGACCAAUGGAAUCUCAAAUGCUGUGGAUUAUCUUGUGGAAAUUCAGAAGCAGAAUGACAUUGCACAGCAGAAAUGUGAAUCCAAAACCAAUCUAAAGGCAGAUGUGAUCUGUGAUUCAGAAUCCAUGGCAGGAAAUGGAAAUCUCGCCUGCCCGCUGACUGUAGUCUACCCACGAAAUAAGUUGAUACGUACUGUGGGAGACAGUCUAACACUGAACUGUACAGUUAAAUUCUGCGCUGAUCAAGCACAAGAACCUGUGGUGCACUGGUGCAUGUUGGAGGCAGGCAGUUGUCAGCCCGUGCCUCCAAACAGGACAAAUUCCAAUCAUGACAAAGAAAGCAGCAUAUUUGUCAGCUACACGAUCGCCUACCUGAACUUCAGUGACAGUGGCAUAUUCCGAUGUGAAGCUUUGCAAGGAAUUAUGAAAGCAAUAGGCAAUUCCAUUGUUUUAAAUGUGACUGAGGCUCCAGAUGUUCCAGUAAUACCAGUAGAACAUGCUGACAACACUUAUAAUUGGUACUAUUUGGUUUUGCUGCCUUUAUUCGUGGUGAUAGUCUGUGUCAUACUAUAUUGUCGAGACUUCACUAAUGCUGAUGCAGAAUGCUGUUGGAUGCAACUUAAGAUGCCUGGGGACUACAUUAUUGGAGGAUUGUUUCAGAUCCAUGUUGAAUCGAACCAGAAUCAUUCAAAGCCAAAAGUUCCCACGUGUAAAAGGUUUUCAGAUGACGGAUAUAUACAUUUUCAAACCAUGAGGUUCGCAAUCGAGGAGAUAAACAAUUCGAGUUCUCUUCUGCCGAAUGUCACUCUGGGGUAUGAGAUAUUUGAUGAUUGUGAAAUCUCCAUUGAUAUCCAAGGAGCAUUUGCUUUUGUGUCCCGGCCUCCAGAGUAUGCCGUGGAAAUAGCCCAGUUUGAGUAUAAAUACCAACAUUUAGCCACAGCGGUGAUCGGUCCAUUGGAAUCAGAUGCUGCUAUCAUCACAGCCAGCAUUCUCAGUUUGUUCGGUGUUCCUCAGAUUAGCUUCGGAGCCUCCAGUGAAGAACUGAGUGACAAAACACAGUAUCCAACCUUUAUGCGAACCAUCCCAAAUGAUGAAAACCAGAUUGAAGCAAUCAUUCUAUUGAUCCAGAAAUUUCAGUGGAAUUGGAUCUCAGUGAUUGGGAGCAGCAAUGCUUAUGGGGAGAACGGAAAAUUCAAAAUGAAAUCAAGUGCCACUGCAUUGGGAAUCUGUGUGGCUUCUGAAAGCACAAUCCCACAACAACCGUCAGAGUCAAAACAGGAAAUCAUCGACAUCAUUGACAACAUCAUUGUCAAUAGGGUCAACGUUGUUGUUGUGAUUUCUAAUGUCCAGGAAGCAGGACAUUUCUUCCGGGUAGUGGUGGCUAUGAACAUCACUGGGAAAGUGUGGAUUUUAAGUGAAGCUAUAUCUGUUAAGAGAAUUAUUUCAGAAAUCCCCAAUAUUAAGAGAAUUGGCACUGUCUUAGGGGUUGCAGCAAUGCAGGGGAAAAUGCCAGGAUACAAAGAGUUUGUAUUAAGGGAUAUCCUUGCUUGGAACCCUGGUUUCAAUCAAAGGGUAAAAUACACUGAUCCUCAGGGGAAAAGGCAAGAGUGCCCAGAUGAUAGCUUAAUGGCUGCCUGCAACCAAUGUGUCCCAUGCACAUCUGAUGGUGUUAGGUCACUAUUGCAACUUGCGGAAUGGCGUGUUGAGUUCAACGUGUACUCUGCUGUGUACGCUGCAGCCCAGGGUCUACAUCAGUUACUUCAAUGCAAUUCAGGAGAGUGCAAGAAGGAAGCUGCCUACCCAAGGCAGCUUCUUAAAACUUUGAAAAGAGUCAAUUUUUCCCUUAACGGAAUGCCUAUCUCUUUUGAUGAGAAUGGAAACCCUCCAAUUGGAUAUGACAUCAUUUACUGGGAUUGGAAGAAUGAUAUUGUUUCCUUCAAUGUGAUUGGGUCGUACAACCCAGGACAGCUUCAAAUUGAUGGCUCCUUGAUCGAUUGGAAUUCACAAGGAGGCAAGAUUCCUACUUCAAACUGUUCCAGUGAAUGUGAACCCGGUCAGAUAAAAAUUACUCUCGGUUUCCAACCGUGUUGCUUUACAUGCAAGGAUUGCGUUGAAGGAACUUUCCAGAAUGAAAGUGAGUGUGUACCUUGUGACCUAAACCACUGGUCACCCUCAAAGAGCACUGUUUGCCUUAACAGACAUGUGGUAUAUCUGAGAUGGAAUGAGAGCUUUUCCAUAGUGAUAGCCUCGGUAACAGGGAUUGGACUCAUAGUGAAAGUGCUGAUCAGCACCAUCUUUGCCAUUUAUUUCGACACUCCCGUCGUCAAGGCUGCAGGAGGGAAGCUGUCUUUUGUCCUUUUGUUGGCCUUAGCCAUUAGCUGCAGCAGUGUGUACUUCUUCAUUGCGGAGCCAAACGUUGGGACUUGUAUCACCAGGAAAUUAUUAUCCAUGGUCAGCUACACAACCUGCCUGGCAUGUCUACUCGUGAGAUCUUUUCAGCUGGUGCUUAUCUUCAAAAUGGCCAGCAAGUUGCCAAUGGCUUACAGAUAUUGGGUUCAAUACAAUGGGCAGUAUAUUUUUGUGUUUAUGACCACUGUCAUUGAGAUCGCUUUAUGCUUCAUAUGGAUAUUCUCUAAGUUUCCAGUUUUUCAUAGGGACUAUGAUAUUUCCAAAACUGAAGUAAUUCUGAUAUGUGGUUCCAAAAAUUCUCUUUCCUCUCUCCCAUCUGUUGGCGGAAUUACUUUUCUCAGUUUACUUUGCUUUGUGUUUGCCUUCCUGGGAAAAAAUCUGCCCAAACAAUACAACGAGGCAAAAUAUAUUACCUUCAGCAUGACAAUGAUCUUUAUUUCUUGGAUCUUCUUGUUUUUGGUGAUUCCCUACUGUCCUAUGAAUUACGCACCUGGUAUUCAAGCAGCUGUCCUCCUUCUAAACUGCUAUUCCAUCACUGUCGGAUAUUUCUUUCCAAAAUGCUACAUCAUUCUCCUUAAACCAGAGUGCAACACCACAGCAUUUUUCCAAACACGUAUCCAUGAAUAUACCAGGAACAGAGAAACUCCGCAACCAUAG